AUGGUGGCAUUCCUCAGGAUUUUCUCCGUUUUUAGCUACUGCCUUCUUGCAGCGUGCCUUCGACACAUCCAAACGACCCAGCUUGGACUCGAUCCCCCAACCAUAAAUCGGUUGAACGGCGAAUCAUUCCAGCAAGACGCACUUGCCACGUUCAAUGGAUACCAGUACGCGGUCCUCUGGGAGGUCAGCGAACGGAAUAUGUCUAUUAGGCACGUAGUUGUUGCAAGAAGGGUUGUGGGAGGAGAGUUCGAGAAAUUGGUUCUGGACGACUACGGACAGGUUGAAGACGACGGCCACGACGUCAUCUCUCUUGGAAUAUCUCGAACGGAUGGCAGCCUGCAUCUGAUAUUUGAUCAACACGAUAACGACCUCCGUUACCGCUCCUCAACCCUCGGAGUCGCGACAAAUCCGACUGAAACAAUAUGGGCGGCCGAUGUAGUAUUUACUUCCUCUAUUUUGAACUUCCUCCCUGGUCUUUCAUCGAUUGAAAAAUCCACUCACUUCUCGAACGUCACUUAUCCCAGGUUCUUGGACAUCCCUCGCCAAGCUCAGAAACUCAUACCUGCAAUAGGAACAGUGGGUACCCCUGACCUACUCCUUGAACUCCGCGUAGGGCGCUCUGGUUUGGGUGACGAUUGGUUAUAUCAUUAUUAUCCUGCCGAUAUAGAGACAAAUCAAAGCGGGAGGUGGGUGGAAGUUGGUAAAUAUUUGCUGGGCGUGAACAACAACCCGUACAUAAACGGGCUCGAUUUUGAUCUGCAAGGGAACUUGCACACCACCUGGACGUACCGCGAUUUCAUCAACGACACAGGUAAAGACGUCGCUGUACAGGCAGGACCUAACGGGCCCGAGAAUAACCACGACCUAAACUACGCAUACUCGCCAGAUGGAGGGUAUACAUGGAAGAACACAUGGGGCCAGGACGUCGCCAAUGUCCCCGCCACGGCGAACCUUUCUGCGGGGAGCAGUAAACUGGGGCGAAUUGGGGCCGUGCCAUCAGGUACCCCGAUUGCCCCGACUUCACCUGGCAUUGUAGUAUUCGGUAUUCCCAAAUUUGGUGGGAUCCUCAACCAAGAAGCCCAAACCGUUGACUCGGCAGGCAGGGUCCACGUCUUGAAUCGGGAGAAUGGUACGGGCGUUGAGCAAUGGUUCCACUACUGGCGAACGCCCACAUCCGACAAGUCCACGAGCGGUUAUUGGAUUCGCACAUCGCUCCCACUUUCCAUUCCAGGCGAUCCGAAUAACAUAACAGGGAUCGUCGGUGUCAUUGGGAAAAGAGGGAAAUUAAUUAGUGUCAGCGGUUCAUCAACGCAUCAAAAUACGUCUGCGCCGUCGGAGAGCAGCUCAGGACCAGGUAACGAUCAUGGCGAUAGCGAUGACAUUCUCUUCGCGAUCCUUCCUUCCAACGCACCCUCUCCCAAUAAUGCCACCACGCAAUCCAGCGCUUUGACCAUCCUGCAAAGCACUUCGAAAGGACAAUUUGAAGAUUGGGCAGUCGCGUGGACUUCUGCAGGGGGUUGUGGAUGGGAGCCUUUGGCCGAUCGGUAUCGGAUAUCCGAAGGUGUCUUAAGUUUGUAUCUGGUGAAUUCAGAUGAGAGCACUGGUAAAGAGACAGGAGUUGUGGAGGUUGUUGAUUUGCAGGUUGUGUAA